GUAGAAGUGCAGAGACGACAUCACCACAAAAUGCUCCUGAACAACAGAAUACAGUUAAAGCAGCUGACACUUCAUCUGUGCAACUUCCUCCUUCGCUGACUUGUGUUAGAUGUGACUUAAGAGCACUCCUCUGAAACGAGAACAAAAACCGAGAGCCAAAACGCGCACACACACAGCACGCAGAAAAACAAACAACCGCAGAGACAGAGAGAGACCGGCCCUGCACCUUCUUUCCCUCAUGAAGUAAACCUGUGUGGACGUCUCUGGAGCAGGACACUUUGUUUGGGGUGGGGGGGGGUUGGCUGAGCGGGACUGAGGUGGUCAGGUAGAAAAGCUGGUUGGACUCCACUGCCAGCAUGCUCCGACAGUCUCUGAGCAUCCUGAAGCAGCUCGGCUCUGCGGGAAAGUCACAAGAUGCCACUGAACUUCUGCACGAGGACCUGGUCAUGGUGGAGCAGCGGGUGGAACCGGCCAAAAAGGCAGCUCAGGUCCUUCACAAGAAGCUGCAGGGCUGCAUGCAGAGUCAGCCGGGACUGGAGGCUGAAAAACGAAUGAAAAAGCUCCCACUGAUGCUGCUGUCGGUCAGCAUGGCAGAGAGCCUCAAAGACUUUGACGCAGAGUCCUCUAUCAGGAGGGUGUUGGAGAUGUGCUGUUUCAUGGAGAAGAUGCUGGCCAACAUGCUGGCCGACUUUGAGAUGAAAGUUGAGAAGGAAGUGCUGGAGCCGCUCAACAAGCUCAGCGAGGAUGAUUUACCAGAAAUUCUCAAGAACAAGAAGCAAUUUGCAAAGCUCACUACAGACUGGAACAACGCAAGGAUCAGGAGCCAGGCCAGCACUGGUCCCCAGGCAAAGCAAGAUGGGCUUCGGGAGGAAGUGGAAGAAGCUUGGAGGAAGUUGGAGAGCAUCAAGGACCAGUACUCUGCAGAUCUGUAUCACUUUGCGACUAAAGAAGACGACUACGCUAACUACUUCAUUCGUCUUCUCGAGCUGCAAGCAGAAUACCACAAAAAUUCACACGACUUCCUGGACAGAAACAUCACAGAGCUAAAAGAGAAUCACAGUCAGAAAGAACCAGUGCUACGCCUCUCUAAUCAGAAAGUCUACGGGGAGCCUCUGCUGUCUCAUCUGUCUCAAAGCAACAGAGAAAUUGCUGCACCCAUCCAGGAGUGUAUUCACAUGCUGCUGAGAACGGGCAUGGGAGAGGAGGGCCUGUUUCGUCUAGCGGCGGCAGCCUCAGUGGUGAAGAGGCUGAAGACUUGUCUGGAUCAAGGAACGGUGGACCACAGCGAGUUCAGCAUGGACCCUCACGCUGUGGCCGGUGCCUUGAAGUGUUACCUUCGAGAACUACCCGAACCUCUAAUGACCUCUGAACUCUACAAUGACUGGUUUAAAGCAGCAGGGGAAAAAGACCUGACCGAGAAGCUGGAGAAGUUCAGAGUUCUGCUGAAGAAACUACCGCCUGAAAACUACAACAACCUCAGGUACCUGGUCCAGUUCUUGUCUCUGCUGUCCGAGCAGCAGGCUGUGAACAAGAUGACCCCCAGUAACAUUGCCAUCGUGCUGGGGCCAAACCUGCUCUGGCCACGAGCUGAAGGGGAAGCUGCUCUGUUUGACAUGGCGUCAGCCUCCUCAGUCCAGGUGGUCACUGUCAUUGAGCCCCUCAUUCAGAACAGCUCAAGCCUCUUCCCUGAAGCUGUAUCCUUUGAGAUCCCAGACCUUCCUGAGGUCCCGGAUGUGACCGUACCGACUCCUGUUUCCCAGUCUACUUUCGUAGAAAAGGAGAAACUCAGCAGAGCAAUCUCCUCUUCAUCCACAGCCUCCUCAUGCUCCUCUUAUCACACCCCUCUUUCCAAGACAAACAGCACAGCCUCUCAGGACAGUGGUGGCUUCUUCCCGGUGAAAUCUGGCUCUGGGAGUCACAGUGGCACCUCCACAUGGGCCAGUCCUGUAGCUGAGCCAGCAGCAUCAACCCAACACAACACAACGUCCAGUAGCUCAUCAUCCCUCAAUCCCAGCUCUGGUCCGGCCUCUAAUACUUCUGCUGUCUGCAGCUCAACGGCAAACCAGGCCCCAGCCCCUCUUCCUAGAGCCUCAGGAUCAGUGCCAAACCAGGGUCAGACCAGGAGUCCCACCCAGAAGCAGUGCUCAGAUCAAGGCCAGCUGGAGCCAAUUUUGGAGCAACCGCCAGACUCUCCCAAAGCACUUGUGAAGAUCACCUCACCAUACAAGCCAAAAAGAUCUUUCAACCCGAAUAAAGCUAACGAGAAUGCGAUGGUUCAGUUCACCAAACCAAGAGCCCCAGUACCUCCCAAGCUCCAGGCGCCUCCACCCCCCGCCACAGCCCCAGCAGCCGUGAACACUAGGAACCCACCGAUGCCUGCACCCCGAGGUCAGGCGCCCAACCUCAAAAAGCCUCCGCCGAAAAAGCCUGGACUGAAAGCACCAAACUGCCCUCCACCACUUCCUCCACCAUCACAGGCAAAAGAAGUUCCUUCUGUGGCACAGUGAGCAGAAUUAUGUCAUGAGCAAAUCAUGAUCAUUUUCUUCUUAUGGUUGGUCAGGAGCAGCUGAAACACUUUUGCAUUUUGUGAUAAAAACAUCUACCCUGUUGAAGUGUUACAGCUUAAUUUACUUUUUUUUUGGUCCUCUCGUGUUUUCAUAUCGAGUAUCAUUUAUUUAUUUGUCAGUUACUAGUGUCCUAUAUUUCCCAGAAUGCAAUGUACACUACCGGUCAAAUGUUUUAGAACACCUCAGUUUUUCCAGCGGUUAUUGAAAUUUACAUAAUUCAGUAUCUCAGUAUUUCUGAAAUUAAAGAAUAGAACAAAUAAACAAUUGGAGAUAAAAAAAAAAAAAACUGAAUUUUCUUAUUGAACUAAAUUUAAUUUCCGUUUUUUUCUGCUCAUC